UAAAUAAGAGAAUUAAUGGAUAAUCAAUAUCAAGUAGAGGAGGAGUAGGGAUGAACGGAUUAGUGCGGUAGCCUUUCCCGCUGCCUACCCACCUCCCCCCACCUGCAAGCAGCACCGCACUGCGCCGCUGCUGCGACGUACCACGCUAUCCAGAAGAAAAUCCCCUGGCCUGCCACUGCCCUGCUCUGCUCGGCCCGUCAGUAACAACCAGAAUUCACAGUUCCAUUUCAAGAGCAAAAGAUAAAAAUGGCAGCUCGGCACAGUGCACAGUUACCAGUACCAGCUUCUCUUCCCUGCAGCAUCAACAUGGGUUGCUCGCCCUCGCAGUUAAUUCCUUCCUGCUCCUCCAAUCACCCGGGACCAUCGCCAUUAGCAGAAGCAAGCUUUUCCAAUAUCAUUCAUCGUAUUGAUUAGUUGCGGCAUUUAAUUAUGUUUUUUUAAACUUGCCGAGCUUUUCCCUCCAUGGCUGCCGUUCCUUCCGGAUGAGGAACAGUAUAUGGUAUGCUUCUUCUUCUUCUCCUAUUAAUAUGCGCGUCGUUGCCGGAGCACGAGGCCUGUGCAAGAAUUCGAAUUCCUUCGGUGUGUGUGUGUGUCCUCGUGCCCGCGCAGCUUGCUAACAAUGGAGAAUUGCGAGAGAGGAAGGGGGGCAGGGGCGGACGCGUUGCCUCUGCCUCUGCCGCCGCGUCUGGCGGCCAUGUCGGCUUCGUCGUCGAUGGCGGCGGCGGCAUCCAUCCGGGCGCACCUGGCGAGGACCGCGAGCGGGGUGGACUACCAGGCGUCGCCGCGGUCGCUGCUGUCGCGCAUCCUGUUGCGCGGGGGUGGGGACGGCGGGAGCGGGGGAGGGUUUGGGUGCCGGGUGCGGCUGCCUCGGCGGUACGGUGGCGGCGGGAGGGAGGAGCGGAAGGACGGCGCCGAGCAGGGGGACACACCCAGGGUGAAGGUUGUGGAGCGGGCGCCGCCUGAGCUGCCCGUCGAGACGCCGCGGAGUUCUUUAGGGAGGAAGAAGCCGGAGGAGGAGCUGGUGUCCAUGAACCUUGGGCUGGGGGCGAGCCUGGUGCUGCUCCUGUCCAAGAGCGCCGUCGAGCUGAACAAGAUGGUGGAGCUGCGCGCGCAGAUGGAGGCGCUCGUGUCGGAGAUCAGGCAGGCGGCGCAGAGGAAGGAGAAGCACUCUGCUGUUGCCCCUGCCUCCACCUCCCAAGAAUCCAACGGCAGCACCACCGUGAAGGACCUCAUUGCUUUUCCCGCCGCCGACGUCGACGCGGUGUCCAACUGCUCCCGGACGGCGGACCACGCGCUUUCCGGCCGUACGGUCGUCGUCAUGGACCAGAUGGAGGCAGAGCUCCAGGUCGAGCUGCACCGCCUGCAGCGCAGUACGGCGCACGGCGACAAGCGAAUCGCCCCAAUGCAAGGACUAGAGUUGCCAUUUUUGAAGUUGAAGACGAAGGGCAAUAUCUCCGAUAGCCCGUCGCGGAGCUGCGUCGACGACGGCGACGGCGCCAAGGACGACGACGAACUAGACGGCAAUGCCGAGGACGAAGAGGAGGACGAGGAGGCGGAGGAGGAAGAGGAGUUCUGCGAGGACAAGAGCCCCCCGCACGGCGGCGUGUCGGCGCGUGCGCUGGAGCGGCGGCUGCACGAGCUGCUGCAGAAGCGGCAGCAGGAGCGGAUCGUGGAGCUGGAGUCGGCGCUGGACAGCGCGCAGCGGCGGCUCCACGAGAAGGAGCGCGAGGUUGUGUGGUGGCGCGACGCUGCCAAGCUCGUCUCGCACCGCCGGGACGAGUCGCGCCGGAGCGUCAGGUAGUUGGCGCGAACGCGCGUUCCCGCGCGCGGGGGUAGCAGUAGUUAGUUCGCCGCGGCCCAGGCGGCUGCUGCUGCUGCUGC